UGUCUCACAACAAUCAGUACAAUCCGCCGGAUUUGCCACCGAUGGUUUCGUCCAAGGAACAAACCCUAAUGUGGCAACAAAAUUCAUAUCUGGUCGAUUCUGGUAUCCAUUCGGGUGCUGUUACCCAGGCACCCUCACUAUCCGGCAAAGAAGAUGAAGAAAUGGAGGGUGACCCCCUGAUGUUCGAUUUGGACACGGGUUUUCCACAGAACUUCACCCAGGAUCAAGUUGACGAUAUGAAUCAACAGCUAAGCCAGACACGUUCGCAGCGUGUCCGCGCCGCCAUGUUCCCCGAAACAUUGGAGGAAGGCAUCGAAAUACCCUCAACACAAUUUGAUCCACAACAACCGACGGCUGUUCAACGUUUGGCCGAACCAUCACAAAUGUUAAAACAUGCCGUUGUCAAUUUAAUCAAUUACCAAGAUGAUGCCGAGUUGGCCACACGUGCCAUACCCGAAUUGAUAAAAUUGCUUAACGAUGAAGAUCAAGUAGUUGUCUCCCAAGCAGCCAUGAUGGUACACCAAUUGUCGAAGAAGGAAGCUUCCCGUCAUGCCAUUAUGAACAGUCCCCAAAUGGUGGCAGCUCUUGUGCGUGCCAUUUCGAACAGUAACGAUUUGGAAAGUACUAAAGCUGCCGUUGGUACUCUUCAUAAUUUGUCACAUCAUCGACAAGGUCUCUUGGCUAUAUUCAAGAGCGGUGGUAUACCAGCUUUGGUGAAACUGUUGUCUUCUCCGGUUGAGAGUGUACUCUUCUAUGCUAUCACCACUUUGCAUAACUUGUUAUUACAUCAAGAUGGUUCAAAAAUGGCCGUACGUUUGGCUGGCGGUCUACAGAAAAUGGUCACCCUAUUACAGCGUAACAAUGUUAAAUUCCUGGCCAUUGUCACAGAUUGUUUGCAAAUUUUGGCCUACGGCAACCAGGAAAGCAAAUUGAUUAUUUUGGCUUCCGGAGGUCCAAAUGAAUUGGUGCGCAUUAUGCGUUCCUAUGAUUACGAGAAGUUGUUGUGGACCACUUCGCGGGUCUUGAAAGUGUUGUCUGUGUGUUCGAGCAAUAAGCCGGCUAUUGUUGAUGCUGGCGGUAUGCAGGCAUUGGCAAUGCACUUGUCCAAUCCAUCACCGCGUCUGGUGCAAAAUUGUCUGUGGACUUUGCGCAAUUUGUCGGAUGCUGCAACAAAAGUUGAUGGUCUUGAGCCGUUGUUGCAGUCGUUGGUCCAGGUCUUGGCCUCGACCGAUGUUAAUGUUGUAACAUGUGCCGCUGGCAUACUCUCGAAUUUGACUUGUAAUAAUCAGAGGAACAAGGCUACCGUCUGUCAAGUGGGUGGUGUUGAUGCUUUGGUACGUACGAUUAUAAAUGCCGGUGAUCGUGAAGAGAUUACCGAACCAGCAGUCUGUGCAUUACGUCAUUUGACUACUCGCCAUGCCGAUUCGGAAAUGGCCCAAAAUGCUGUUCGCUUGAAUUAUGGCCUGUCGGUGAUUGUUAAGCUAUUGCAUCCACCAUCACGUUGGCCAUUGAUUAAGGCCGCCAUAGGUUUGGUACGCAACUUGGCUUUGUGUCCAGCCAAUGCUGCUCCACUGCGAGAACAUGGAGCCAUACAUCAUUUAGUGCGAUUAUUAAUGCGUGCUUUCCAAGAUACCGAACGUCAACGUUCUUCUGUGGCCACUACUGGCUCCCAACAGCCUUCGGCCUAUGCUGACGGUGUACGCAUGGAGGAGAUUGUCGAAGGCACUGUCGGUGCUUUGCAUAUUUUGGCUAGAGAGUCACAUAAUCGUGCACUUAUACGCCAACAAUCGGUUAUACCGAUAUUUGUUCGUUUGCUAUUCAAUGAAAUUGAAAAUAUACAGCGUGUUGCUGCCGGUGUUCUUUGUGAACUGGCAGCCGAUAAAGAAGGCGCUGAAAUUAUCGAACAAGAAGGUGCCACUGGGCCCCUAACCGAUUUAUUACACUCUCGCAACGAGGGUGUGGCCACAUAUGCUGCAGCUGUAUUAUUCCGUAUGAGCGAAGAUAAACCACAAGAUUACAAGAAACGUCUAUCCAUAGAGCUAACCAAUUCACUGUUGCGUGAAGACAACAAUAUAUGGGGCAAUGCAGACUUGGGCUUGGGUCCAGAUUUACAGGAUAUGCUUGGCCCAGAGCAAGCAUACGAAGGUCUCUACGGCCAGGGGCCACCUAGCGUCCAUAGCUCUCAUGGCGGUCGUGCAUUCCAACAAGGAUAUGAUACUCUACCAAUAGACUCGAUGCAGGGUCUAGAAAUCAGCAGUCCUGUAGGAGGCGGUGGCGGUGGUGGUGCUCCACCCAGUGCUGCACCAACUUCACCAUAUUCCAUGGACAUGGAUGUUGGUGAAAUUGAUGCUGGCGCAUUGAACUUCGAUUUGGAUGCUAUGCCUACACCACCUAACGACAACAACAAUUUGGCUGCCUGGUAUGAUACUGAUUGUUAA